ACUUGGAGGACACAUGGGAGAUUUACAGGAGAACUUUCAAAAGAAGAAUCCUUAUUCUCUCAGUGGCUUUUUUUUGGGAACGGGAACAUUGAGGAGAAAUCUUGCAGCUCUAAAGGGGAAAGUUAAAGGAACUGUCCGUGGGCUACAACAGGAGCGGCAGCUUGUUAACAAUCAGGCCAACACAGUGCCGUUCCUUUUGCCAUGAGACGCAGCCUGUCCUGAAGGUCCCUUCAACCUUUCCAUGCAUCGCUAUUCUCAUCACAUCGCAUCCAUGGACCCUCAGGUAGUCCCGCCCCCUCUGAGCAGCAGCCAAUCAAUUAUCAGCUGCACCGACAAAUCCCCAGCCAGCACGUUCAAACCGGGCCACUCACGGAGCAGCAGCACUGGAUCCAACAGACAAUCAAAACAGUCUCGUCACUGGGAGGUGAUGGACGAUUUGCAGAACAUGGACAUGUAUGCAGUCUCCGGAUCGGUUCCUGACCUCACUAUUCCCGGAAUCUGUGAGGGUUACCUGAUGAAGAGGAGGAAGUACCCGCUCAAAGGCUGGCACAAGAGAUACUUCUUGUUGGAGAAAGGAAUUCUAAAAUACUCCAAGACGCAGCAAGAUAUUCAGAGAGGGAAGCUUCAUGGCUCUCUGGAUGUCAGCCUGGCCGUCAUGUCCGUCAACAAGAAGUCCAAACGUAUAGACCUGGACGCUGGAGACAAUCUAUACCACCUCAUGGCAAAGAGCCAGGACGUCUUCUACAUCUGGCUGACCAAACUGUGUGCUCAUCGAGUGUUCAGGAAAAACGAGGCGAUGAGCGUCCAUCACGGCGUCCUUCACGCGCUUUCCAUUGGACCGAGCAACCUGCCCGCCAUGGCCACGCUCGCCCAGCAAAACAGAUCAACGCCUCCGCAUUACGCCAGCUCAGCAUCAGUAUACCAACCAGAGAUCAUGAGCCCCGCCCCCGACCCCUCCUCUAACCCAGACGUGACCAACAAGGUGUCGUCCUGGCUGCAGCAGACCCACGACAUCAGCGCCACAUCAAACGACUUGGCUCGCUGUCAGGUCGAGCUGACUGAACUCGCGCAGCUCAUUCAGCGUCUUCAUUGGCUGGAGGGAGGCCUGCCGAUCACAAACACAGACCUGGAGAUGAGAAUCAGUAUGCAGAAUAUCUCUCUGGAAAAACCAAAGAAGAAGACGGGGAAGGUGUUCGGUCACUCCAGGACUUUGUCUCGCGUUGAAGCGUUGGGAAUGUUUACCUCCAGUCACCUGAGCAGUAAUGGCAAUGGUGGUGGUUUGGGAGCGUCGGUUCAGUCCAUCCCUGACUACGUCUACUCUCAGCUGUCCAACCCUCAGGUGACCUCGCCCGAGGCCAAGAAGCUCCACCAGGACAUCUGCAUCGCUUCCCAGAGAGUUCAUGCUUCCCUCAAGUCUGUUCAUGAGGUUCUGUCCUUCGAGAGAGAGAGACUGAGGCAGGCCUGGACCAGCCCGGACCUGAGACAGAACACCUCGCAUCAGCUCGCCACACUCUGCAGCACACUCUCCGAGCUUGACAUACAGUCACGUCUGACCAAAGUCCACUCGCUUUCCCUGUCCUCUGACUCUACCGACGAAUCCUUCUGCACCGUCCGUCCUGACCAGAGGACUCCAUCGAUGGGUCGUCACCCUCAUCGGGCGCCCUCUGUGGCCGACUCUAUGGCCGAGUAUUUCGACGCCAGCGAGGUCAUCGUGUGCGAAACAUCAUCGGAGGCCGAGGCGUCGGACGAGUCGGGUCUGAGUGACAUCACGACCACCACCAACUCGGAGCCCGAGGAGGGACACGCCACCGCCACCCUCAACUACAGAGCAAGUCUGAACAACGAUCAGGAGAAACCGAACCUAGUGCCCGCAAAUACAGGUCGUCGUACCACCCUCUCCGCUGCGUGCACAGACAACAGCCACAUCGGCAUCAUGACCAUCCUGUACAACAACAUCGGGAAGGAUCUGUCCAGAGUGUCCAUGCCGGUCGCUCUGAACGAGCCGGUGUCUCUGCUGCAGAGACUCGCCGAGGAGCUCGAGUACUCGGAGCUGCUCGACGUCGCCAACCACAUCGACGAUCCGUUCGAGAGGAUGGUGUACGUUGCGGCGUUUGCCAUCUCUGGAUACGCCUGGGCCACCUGGAGGUUUCGCUACAAGCCCUUCAACCCGGUUCUGGGAGAAACGUACGAGAGUCACAGAGAAGACCGAGGCUUCCAAUUCGUCAGCGAGCAGGUCAGCCAUCACCCUCCAGUCUCUGCGUGCCACGCCGAGUCAGAAAACUUCACCUUCUGGCAAGAUCAAAGAUGGAAAAACAAGUUUUGGGGGAAGUCGGUGGAGAUAAUCUCAUCAGGACCGGUGAACGUCGGUCUGCCGAAUUACGGUGAUCACUAUGAAUGGAACAAGAUUGUGACGUGUAUCCACAACGUGCUGAGUCAGCAGCGCUGGUUGGAGCACUACGGCGAGGUGGUGAUCAAAAACACAAAGAGUGACGCGUGCACCUGCAAAAUCACGUUUGUCAAGUCUCGUUACUGGAGCUCAGACAACAAUAAGAACGAGGUGCAGGGCGUCGUCCUCGAUCGGGCCGGAGAGGUGGUUCAUCGUUUCGGCGGUCUCUGGCACGAGGGAAUCUUCUGCGACACGUUGUCGACACCGAAGUGCAUCUGGAAGCCCAACGUACCGCCUAAAGACCAGUUCCAGUUCUACGGCUUCUCACAAUACGCCAGAGAAGCGAACGAGCUGACCCCACAGCUGGAGGCCGUCCUCCCGCCUACAGACACUCGAUUCAGAUCGGACCAGAGGCUCCUGGAGGAGGGUAAAGUAGCGGAGGCCGAUAAAAAGAAGGACGAGGUGGAGGAGAAGCAGAGAGAGAGGAGGAAGGAGAUGGAAAAGAAAGGAGAGGAGCACAAUCCCAGGUUCUUCAGGAAAGCUGUGGAUGAAGCCGGAAAAGAGGUUUGGCUUACCAACGGAACUUACUGGAAGCUUCGCAAAGAUCCAGGCUUCGCCAACGUGGAAAACCUGGACCUGUGGUGCUGAGGCUGAAUGGCACUUAAAACAGGAGAUUAAAAAAAAACAAAAAACAUAGUAAUAUAAUGAAGAGGAAUGAUCCCCGUCGAUUAUGAACUGUAUUCAUGUUUUUACACUAAUCCAUGCAUUAAUAUAUCUGGGAGGCAGAGGAAAGGGGGGGCUAAAGAAGCAUAAAUGAACCUCUUAAUACGUCUCAUUUCUGUUAAUGUAGAGGUGAGAUGCCGCCAUCGAACAAAUGAAGACUGAUUUAGAUGAAGCCGGAUGUCUUUCCAGCCUUUUGUCUACCUCUUGUCCAUGAUUUAGACCUAAAAUAAUCACUCAUAAUCCAGAAAUCUUCCAUUGUUAAUCUCUGCCCUUGACAAAACUGUGGGUAAAAUAAUCAUGCUCAGGUUACGAUAAAAGCCUCUCCGUGUUUAUUAUACAAUUUAAGUGUUAAAAAUGACGUGAAAUAUUUUAGUCAGGCGCUUCUUUUUUUUUUUUUUGCUUCCUGCUGAGGGACUCAGAACACUUGGCGGUUUUCUUCUGGUUUGUUUUGAGGUGUGUUUCAGGUGAACUGGUGGAACUGUCAGUGGGUCUUAAUGUGUAAAUGUAUCCGUAAAGUCGGUGUGUGUGUUUUCUGUUACACACACGGUUAAAUCUUGUUAUCCUGUCGGCUCAUUUGAAAAACACUUGACUGCUCAUUGAGGAGAGAAGGGAGGAAUUUAAACGCUGACGGACAUGAAAUGCGUCUCUUGGAUCUUUUCUGCUCUGUUGAUGCGAUGACGUAUUUUUAUUGAUGUUUCAACGAUGGACUUCAUUAAGGAAAAGAGGCUUCUGUUAAAACCCUGCGAGAUGUUUUUUCUUAUUUUGUUUCAAAUAAAAAACUUCUUAAUCAA